AUGGUUGGAAGUGCUUCCUUGGGUUUCUCUGAGCUUGUUGCCACAGGAGCUUGCGUCGAAUACAGUUUAAGAAAUGGUAAACUUGUAGUUAUUGCUGAAACUUCAAGUGCUAAUCCGAAGAAGUUCUCUGGAGGGUUUCCCAAAAAGAAGGAAGGGGAGACUAAUGCACCCGCUCAGGCUUAUCAACCAGCUCUGAUUUAUAGACCAACUCCACCUCAACAACCUGCUCCUCCUCCCCCAGUUUAUCAGCAAGCGCCAGCAGCUCCUGCCUAUCAACAACCGAGAGCUCAAACUCCAAGACAAAAUGCUCAGAAUCAGAACAUGAGACAGGGGGAUAUGCCAACCUUCAAUCCAAUCCCAAUGUCAUAUGAUAAGCUUUAUCCUGCUUUGUUGCAAAACGUUUUGGUGGUUCCUAGACCUAUGGGACCUCCAUCUGAUUGUUUGCCUCUGUGGUACAACCCUAAUGCACAUUAUCCUUUUCAUGAGGGUGCCCCGGGGCAUGACCUAGAGGGUUACUAUGCUUUUAAGCAUAUGGUUCGUGAGCUUAUUGAUAGCAACAUUAUGUCUUUUAGGGAUAUGGGACCAAAUAUGAAAGAUAAUCUUAUUCCCCUUCAUAGAAACCCUACAGUAAACGUGAUCGAGGAUGCCUCUGAUGGUAUUGUGGUUGAAAAGGUUGAUAAUGUUAGAACUCCUUUAGCAGCGUUCCAUGCCCGAUUGGUGGAAGUUGGUCUGAUUAAUGUUUGUCAUGAUAAUUGUGAAGAGUGUGCCAUACAUCCAAAGGGGUGUCAGAUGGUACAUGAUAAUAUUCAAAGCUUGAUGAACCAAGGAGUGCUGCAAAUCUCCAGUGUUGCAAAAAAUGAAGAUGUGUCAGUAAUUGAACCUUGUUUCAAUUUACCUGAACCGGUUGAAAUCCCUUACUAUAGUAGGAGAGUUGUGUCUACAGGAAGUGAAGAGGGUGAAGUGUCAGAAGCUGUGAAUGAAGACGUCACCAAUAUUACAGGAAUGAGCAGAAUGACCCGUAGUGGUCGAAUUUAUACGCCUGAAUUCAAUGUGACUCCUCAAGUACCAGCAAAGGAAUCAACAGUUAUAACUCCUGUUAAAGAACUAGAAAUUGUCCAGUCUGAAGAUGUUGUUGAAUUCUUGAAGUUGAUCAAGAGAAGUGAUUACAAGGUUGUAGAUCAGUUACAUCAAACACCAUCUAAAAUCUCUAUUUUAUCUCUGCUAUUGAACUCCCAAGCCCAUAGGGAGGCUUUGUUGAAGGUGCUUGCCCAAGCUCAUGUAAUACAAAGCAUAAUAGUAGACCAAUUUGAUGGGGUGGUUGCAAACAUCACAGCUUGCAAUACUAUAAGCUUUAGUGGGGAGGAACUACCUGAAGAAGGACAUAAUCAUAACAAUGCACUCCACGUCUUAGUAAAGUGA